AUGUCUCCGAAAUCCCGUUUUUACAACUACAAGCCGUCGCUAGCGGCUCCCAUUAUUUUCACUAUUGCUUUUGCGGCGAUGUCGCUUCUUGCGUGUUUUCAGUUCUACAGAGCAUUGAAGAAUCCCACAGCCUCGAAGCUCGACAAACGCAGAACACUCAUUGUGAUACCUUUUAUUUUCGGAGGCCUCUGUGAAAUCGUCGGGUGUAUUUGCAGAAUCAUCAAUUCCCAGGAUCCCAAUGCCAAAAACCCGUUCAUCGUUCAGGCGGUUCUUUUGCUAGUGGCAGCUGCUCUUUUUGCAGCCACCAUUUACAUGAUUUUGGGCAGGAUCAUCGCCAUGUUGAACAGCGCCCACCAAUCAUUGGUUCCUGUCAAAUGGCUCACAAAAAUAUUUGUUCUAGGCGAUGUCAUUUCCUUUUUGAUGCAAGGAAUUGGAGCCAGUGUGAGAGCUGCUGAUCCUAGUAAAAGUGACCACGCUGAACGGAUCAUCAUCGGCGGUCUUUUCGUGCAAAUUGGCUUUUUUGGUGUUUUCAUCAUUGUGGCGGCUCUUUUCCAAUAUAAAGUGUGGAGAAACCCUUCUGUAUACUCCUUCCAAGACAACUGGCAGACCAUCCUCAUUACACUUUUUGUGUGUUCCAUUUUGAUUCUCGUUCGUUGUAUCAUUCGUGCAGUGGAGUACCUCCAGGGCUACGACGGUUUCAUUAUUUCCAACGAGGCGUUCCUCUACACGUUGGAUCUUUUGUUGAUGUUCCUCAACAUGGUGCUUUUGAGCUGGCAGGACAACUGUGCAUACUUUGUGGAGGUCGGACCGCUUUCCAGAGACGAGAAUUUUAUCAAUUCUAAGCAAAUGCUGUUUCGGUUGGAGCAGGAGAAGCUUUCAGGUCCAAUAGCUGAGCUGGAUCUGUUCAGAGAUGAAGCGAGGACCAUGGUAUAG